AUGAUGUCAACGUCCAGCAAGGCCAAACAGGAAGGCCAAUUCCAGUUUGAUCAACAGCUUGCCUUCUAUAUCCCUGCGGAAGAAGCUAAAGAAUUGAUGCCCCCCCUUUUAGCUCAUGGAGGGAAAUGUACACUUAAACUCCCUUCGGAGGAUUAUGACGGUAAUAAGAAUAACGUGGUGGUAAUUAGUGAUCGCAAACGAAGAAUUGUGUACAAACAUCCCUUCCCUGUUGACGGUGGUGAUAAACCAUUCCGCAAUUAUCUCAAGACAUUUCUGCUGCAAUAUAUAAGAGAUUGUAUUGAUCGGAAUGAAACUAUCUAUGAUUUGAGCCAAUACGAAAAUUCAUAUAAGGCCGCUGUACGUUUUACUCCUCAUGAAGAUGAGUACAUUUUGGAAAGAGCAAGAAGGGAAAGUCAUCAAAUGAAUAGUCAUCUGUGGUUUGUAGAGUUGGCAAAUGCCCCUGAAAUGGGCGAUCAUACUGGUGAGAGUAUCCGGUCUCGUUUCCGUCGAUUUUUAAAACCAAGAUUAGGAUAUGUAUUUCAAUUGGAUGAAAAGAAUGAACCAGUGAAAGACCAAAAUGGUGAAUUCAUUCGUGUUCCUGUUGACGAAUAUCAAAUGAAGAUUCCCUUCACUUCUAAAGAUGAUUAUUUAUGUUGUCAUUAUAUUCUUGAAGAAGAAUUCAGAGCAAAGAAGGCUUUUGGUAAUGCUUCCCAAAUUCACCUUGAAAGAAAUGCUAAGCUAACUACAUCCAGUUUUGGAGCAUUCAGAAGAUUGAGUAAGGUUUCGGGUACUAGACAUACAUUAAACUCCUGGAGAGACAGAUAUCGUAAGUACUUGAAUCCAUUUGGUGUUUCCAAUUACAAACAAUACUACGAGAGAUGUUUGGAAAAGGGUCAAACACCAAUGGCAGUUCAUAUUGCUCCACCAUUUGAUAGCAAAGAAUCAACACCAUCAGUGGAUGACAACAUCUUUGCUGCACAUCAACAACAAACUCUCCAAGGUGGGGAACUUUCGACAAACACUAUAUCAACCUCAGCUGCUAGUGUAGCGGCCGCUGCAGUGGUUGCAGCCGCUGCAGACAAGGACACAUCCAUGUCUGAUGAAAUGGAGGAUUCUGAACCCUCGCUGGAACCUCCAACAAAGCAGAAAAGAACAAGAGCUCAGAUGGGUUUAGGAAAUCAGACAAUACAUGGUGCUCAAGUUCAAUCAGCAGAUUUGAUUCGUAGAUCUAAGAGAGCACGCGGUUUGCCACCUUCACUUGCUGUUGCUUCGGAAACUGUUAUGGAAACCAAGUUAACCGAAGAGAUUUUGUCACCUCCUGUUGAAGUGCACGCUGAAGAUGGUGCUCAAGAAGAAGUAGUAGAAGAAGAAGAAAAAGAAGAAGAAGGAGAAGAGGAAGAAGAGGAAGAAGAAGAAAAAGAAGGAGAAGGAGAAGAAGAAGAACAAGAUGAAGGAGAAGAAGGAGAAGAAGAAGGAAAAGAAGAAGCACAAGAAGCACAAGAAGCACAAGAAGGUGAAGCGGUCGAACCAGCAGAAGGAAACCAAAAAAACGAAGACGAAGAUGAUGAUGAGGAAGAGAAUAGAACUGUUGAAGCAUCGAAAUCUGAAUCACCCGACUUGAGCCGUGUGGCAGGAACAGAUAUAGAGGAAGGUGAAAUUGUACUAAAGAAAGAGAAUCUCGAAUCUGAGGCAGAAAAGGAUACAGCUACCCCAAUCAUCUAUGUUCGAAUAUCAGCCGGGAGCGAUGAAUACAUACCUCUUGCUGCUGGUUACGUACUGGAGUGGAUUCUGAGAGGUAAACUUUUUCUGAAGAGUUUCGAGUUGACCAAUGAAACUACUACCAAGUUAGAGGCAUUGAGGCAGCAUACAGAUGAUGCUUAUGAAGUGAUUCAAACAUUAAAGGUCCUUGGAUUCAAGAAACAAUUAUUACAUCACUUACUUAUGGCUUCAAGUGGGUCAGUAACAGAAUUAGUUGAGGCUGCAAUUUUUAUCGUCAAACGGAUGCUUAAACAUGCGACAUCACUUCCUCGGGUAAAAUUUUCUAGUGUAAUACGUGUGAAGAAGGUUCCGGGAUUAUGGAAUCAUGCUUAUGACGACAUAGUGUAUGCAAAUACACAAGCCAUAAUUGAUGCUGCGAGAAACGAGAAUCAUAAGUCGGUUAGAGGGAAACUAUUGGUUGAACUUGUCAAAGGAGUUGAAGGUUUACCAGUAGGACUUACUGUGGGCCAAACAGUAGAUCGGAUCCGGUUCCUCGAUGCCUAUUAUGGACGACAAACUUUACCAGACAAUUUCCUUCUCCAAGAAUAA